CCAGGUGUUCAGACACGCAGAAAUCUUGUGGUCUGCCUCGAUGGCACAGCCAACCAAUUCGGAGAAAAGAGUUCCAAUAUUGUUGAACUUUACAGCAGACUGGUCAAAGAUGAUUCCCAGCUUGCUUACUACAGUAGUGGAAUCGGCACGUACGUCAAGGAAGACCGAAAAUCCACGUUCCGGCACUGGAAGCAAGCAGUUGACAGCGCCGUGGACCAGGCGAUUGCCACGAGCUUUGAAGAAAUCGUGCAUCAUGCAUAUCGAUGGUUAAGUGAUAAUUACCAGCGCGGUGACAAGAUCUUUCUGUUCGGGUUUUCGCGAGGGGCGUAUCAAGCCCGCGUCAUCGCUGGGAUGAUUGAAAAAGUCGGCUUGCUGCAGAAGGGAAAUAUCGAUCAGAUAAACUUUGCGUACAGUCUAUACGUCAAAUCCACCCAGAGUGGAGGACGAGACCGCGAAGAACGUGAACGAGGGCCGGUACCGGAUCAAGAUGAGGUCUCCACGCAUGAGAGACUCGGGACGGAAUCACGUCAGAAAAUCGACAAGCAAAAUCCGUUCAUGACGAAUCCAAAGAACGGGAAGAGUUCGGCGAAAUCAAAUGGAUCAGCAAGGCAACAGGACCAUGCAUCCUCGCCCGCUGACCUCUUCAAAGACACGUUUUCCGUGUCCGGUGCCAGGGUUCACUUUGUCGGCGCCUGGGAUACAGUGUCGUCCGUGGGCUGGAUCCGAGGACCGAGUCUGCCAGAGACCACUACAGGCAUGUCGCAUGUCUGCGUCUUUCGUCACGCUCUGGCUCUGGAUGAACUUCGAGUGAAGUUCUUGCCGGAGUUUGCAAAUGGGGGGAAAGGACCA